AUGGCUCUCGAUCUCACAAAUAUUGGUUCUAUGAAAGUCGUGAGUUUGCCGGGUGGAGAAACAUCCGAGUUGAAGAGUUUAUGGCAAGAACACAAUGUAGCAAUUGUCUUCUUCCGCCGCUGGGGAUGCCUCUUUUGCCGUCUUUGGGCGAAAGAGUUGGGUGAUAUAGCUCCUGUAUUAAAAAACAACAACAUACGUCUUGUUGGCGUGGGAGUUGAAGAAGCAGGCUCCAAAGAGUUUAUCGAUGGCAAAUAUUUCGACGGUGAACUCUACUACGCCGAAGAUCGUUCCAUUUAUCAAAAGCUCGGAUUCAAGAGGUUUAAUGUGGUAACGAUUCUCACUUCGUUGCUUUGGAAGGAGUCGCGUGAGGCCAUCGCCAAAGGAAACAAAAUGGGUUUAGGUGGGGACAUGAAGGGUGACUGGGUGCAAACCGGUGGAAUGCUGUUGAUGGAAAAGGGCGGGAAACUUAUUAAACAUUUUAAACAGACUGGUCCCAGUGAACAUCUGUCUAAUGAGGAGAUUUUAAAAUGUUUUGGCUUAGAACACGAAUAUAACGCUGAAACAAUGGCGAAUAAAAAACGCGACGACAUGGAAUGCUCGAGGGAGAAAAAGUAA